AUGACCCAGCGAGUUCACCUGGACGGAAGGACACCUCAUGACCUGAGUAUCUACGGAAGCUUCACUAAGGGGAUAUAUCGCGAUGUCUAUCCGACAAUAGAUCCACGUCGGCCGGAACUAUCAAAGAAUGGCAAGGUUGUCAUGAUAACCGGGGCAUCGAAAGGUAUAGGAAAAGAUGCUCUCGCGCCAGUCUUUGCCGUGGCGGGAGCUCGUGCAAUCAUCAUCACCGCCCGGAAAUCAACUAGCCUCAUGGACACGGCGGCCAAACUGAGAAGCAUCAAUCCCUCUAUUGAAGUUCUCCCCCUGGACCUGGACAUAAGCAGAGAAUCUUCGAUAUCUCUGGCCUUCAAGACAAUAUCAGAGCGCUUUCCGGAGGGCGUGGACAUUCUCGUCAGCAACGCAGUUUCAAAGACAGCGGCCGAUCAAUGGAUUGCUACUUGCGACAUAGAGAAAUGGUGGGACAAUGACCUGACCACCAACAUCCGCGGAUCUCUGCUCCUGACAAAGUAUUUCUUGAACCAACCUACCACGCCCAAAGAUAAAUCUGUGAAAAGAAAGAUCGUUUAUGUCAGCUCAGGCAUCAGUUACAUUGUCAACCCCGGCCAAUCUGCCUAUUCUUUUUCCAAGCUUAUAAUCAAUCAGCUGGCCGCGUACGCGCAUGCGGAGAGCAACGAAGAGACGCAGGUGCAAGCUGUUGCGGUUCACCCAGGAAUCUUCGUGACGGAUAUACUCGAAGACAUAUACCGCUACUAUGCGGUGGAUACGAACGAAUUGGCGGGGGGAGUCAUCAAUUGGGCUGCUAGUGACGAGGCUCAGUUCAUGAGUGGGAGAUACACUACAGCGAAUUGGGAUAUUACCGAGAUCUUGGAACGAAAACAGGAGAUUCUCGACAGAAAUCUUUUGACGACGAAGCUAGGCGGCGUUGAGGAUGGAGGGUACGUAGCGAAGGUAUUGGGAUGA